AUGUCGAACGAUAACACUAGUGGCCCUUCUAACGACCGCCGCGGCUCUGUUACUUCUGCUGCAUUUUCUAGUCUCUUCCAACGAAGCAAUUCGACCUCCACUGGAACUGGUAAUGGCCGCGAAUCGGUCACAUCGGCGGCGGCUAGAGACCAACGUCGACGGCUAUCCGUCACUACGGUAGGGCUGUCUGGGACGUCACCCAACUCUGGAAAUGCUACGUUCGGAAUGCGUAGAGGCAGUAUUUCCACCAACAACUCAGAUUCAAUUGAUGAGAGCGCCAUUGAUGACGAGGAAUCCGCCAAGACAGGAGCUACUUCUCCUUUCGCUCGUCGUAUUAGCUUCGGCGCCCAGGCUAUGCGUAAUCUGCGUACUGGACCUGGAAGCCCUGGAUCAACUGGUAGGACUCCCCAGCAGUCGAGACGUAUUUCUAAUGCAAAUACACGUGCUGCACCCUCCAGUGCCUCGUCCGCCUCAGUUGCGGCGAGACGAGCAAGCACCCCUCAGGCAAGCAAUGCAUUACCUUACAGAGCCCCUUCUGACAUGUUUUCUGCUCGGGCAGAUAAUGGAUACAACUGGCCCGAGCAGCUUAGAUCACGUGCCGAAAGCACUGUACAAGGUCACCGACCGAGUUUUGGACCUCAUAGAUACGGUUCGCCACCUCACGGGAGCGGUCAACAUGAUCGCUCCAAAUCUAUUUCCGAAAUGCCAGCUCCUCCUCAACAAGCUGCCGCUGUAAAGCCGAAGCAGCCAGAAAGACCUAAGCCAGACCAUAUGCAAGAGCGCAUUCUCAAGGGCGACUUCUAUAUGGAUUGA